GUUCCGUUGCAGCCGAAGGGUACGCAGCAGCUCGUGUUCUUGCUUUCUCUUCUCGCGUUCGCCCUCCGAAGGCUAAAAAAAAAAAAGAGAGGGGAUUACAGGGCGAGUGUGCGGGGGAUUGUGGGAAGUUGCGCGAGGCCACGAUGGACGCCAACAAAGCGGAGAAGCUGAGCCUGAGGCGGGCGGUGGGGCUGGUCGGCGGCGUGUCCCUCGUCGCCGGCACCAUGAUCGGGUCGGGGAUCUUCAUGUCGCCGCAGUUCGUGCUGCGCAACGUCGGCAGCCCCGGCGCCAGCCUGGUGAUCUGGACCCUGUGCGCCGGGGUGGCGAUGCUGGGCGCGCUGUCCUACGCCGAGCUGGGCACCGUCGUCCGGGAGUCCGGCGGCGACUUCGUGUACAUCCUGCGCAUCCACGGCCGAGCCCCGGCGUUCCUGGCCGCCUUCAACUUCUGCCUCCUGGGCAAGCCGUCGAGCAUCGCGGCCAUGGGCCUGGCCUUCGCCGAGUACAUCGUGGCGCCCUUCUACGACGGCUGCCCGCCGCCGCCGCUGGUGGUCAAGUGCGUGGCCGCCGCGUGCAUCCUGGUCGUGGCCGCCGCCAACGUGCUCAACGUGCGCCUGGCCAUGUCCAUCCAGGUGGUCUUCCUGGCGGCCAAGGUGGCGGCCCUCACUGUCAUCGCGAUCGGGGGGCUGGUGCUCCUGGUGCAGGGGUCGACCGGAAGCUUCCAGGACGCUUUCGCGGGCACGCAUCUGGGGCUGAACGCGAUCGGGAUGUCAUUUUACCAGGGGCUCUGGUCGUAUAGUGGCUGGAGCAAUAUAAACUGCGUGACCGAGGAGCUAAAACGACCUGAGGUGAACCUGCCCAGGGCGGUGAUGAUCGCCGUCCCCAUGGUAACAGUGAUAUACCUGUUGGUCAACGUGAGCUACCUGGCCGCCAUGACACCUCAUGAGCUGAUGUCAUCCCGUGCUGUGGCUGUCACCUGGGGGAACAAGGUGCUGGGGAGCUGGGGCUGGCUCAUGUCCAUAGCGGCAGCGCUGUCCGCAUUCGGGUCCCUCAACGGGACCUUCUUCAGCGCGGGACGCAUUUGCUUCGUGGCAGCCAGGGAGGGGCACAUGCCGGAUAUCUUGGCGAUGGCGCACGUCCGUCGGCUGACUCCCUCGCCAGCCCUAAUCUUCACCACAGCGCUUGCCCUGGUGGUGCUCAUCCCCGGAGACUUCCAGAGCAUCGUCAGCUACUUCAGCUUCACCGCGUGGAUCUUCUACGGAACGACCGUCUCUGGACUGCUCUACCUGAAGAUCAAGAAGCCGGAACUCCACAGGCCGUACAAGGUGCCCAUUGUAAUUCCCAUCCUGCUUCUCAUCUUCGCCGUCUUCCUGGUGCUGGCGCCCAUCGUCGACCAGCCCCAGAUCGAGUAUCUGUACGUCAUCCUCUUCAUCCUCAGCGGUGUCCUCAUCUACAUACCCUUCGUCCACUACAGACUGUGCCCCGGGGUGCUGGACAAGCUCACCGUCUUCCUCCAGCUCUUCCUGGAGGUCUCCCCUGCCGAAAAAAACCUCUAACCCCC